AUGCAGAGUCGUGUGUCUUGUCUGGAGGAGGAGCUGUCUGUGAAGACUGGGACAUUGAAGUCGAUUCAGAAUGAAAUGGUGCAAAGCAAGAAGGAGCUCACUGCCAGGGAUCUCAGCCUGCAGAGAGCUCGCGACGAGCUUAGCCUGGCACACACACGCAUGACCCAGGAGAGUGAACGGGCAUCAGGAGCUGAGCAAAGGCUGAAGCAGUUACAAGAGGAGCUAAAGUGUCAGAGGCAAAAUGCAGAGAGCAGCCGACUGCAACACCAACAGCGCGCUAAGGAGCUGGAGAAACAACAUCAGAGGGACUUGACAGAGCUUCAGAAGGAGAGGCACUGUCUGGAGAAGCAGCAUCAGCAGGAGGUGAAUAAGCUCAACCAGGAGCUCCAGCAGGCCAGGGCGCUCCACAAUGCCCUGCAGGCCCAGGCUGACAAGCAGCUGCUGAGUCAUAAUAUCCUCUAUCAGUUGUCUCUACAGAAACAAGCAUUGGACAAAGAGUUGGACACGCUGAAAGAGAAACUGAAGUGGACGGAGAAACAGCUGCUGGAUAGCCAGAAGAAAGAAGCACAGACACAAGUCAAACUGACGGAGGCAGUGCGCGAGGCGGAGGGUGUGGCACUGAGUCUGGAGCAGAGCAGGAAGAGGGAGCAAGGUCUAGAAGAAGAGGGGAGGAGACUGGCAGAGGAGAAAGCCGACGCCCUGCGUCUCCUCAAAGAACUACAGGAGCAAAAAGCUGCACAAGCACCCCCUCUACAACCUGUGCAGUUUUGCCCUGUUGGCCAGAGUUUCUCCCCUCAGCCUUCUUACGCUCUUCAUCCUCGACCGUCAGCUCACACCAAGAGGCCCACCGCUACCACCCGAGCAGAGCAGAAGAAGGAAGAGGAAGAGGGCGUGGAUGAAAGGAGGGCAGAGAUUACAGCAUCUUACCCUUCUGACAGAGAGCCAGGAGAAGGCAUUGACUCUGAACACAUCACUGUCCUUAUCUCCACAGAGUCUGAGAGUUUACAAAGGGGAGGAAACAGAAGAAAAAGAAACGAGGAAGAGAACAAGAGCAGAAAUGAGGAGAUAGAGUGUGACAGCUCUGGGAUGAAGAAGCACUCCACAUUUGAUCAUGUACCCUCAAGUUCCUCUCAUUCUACUACUGAUGUUCCCAGCAACACCUCUAUGGACGAAACAACACCUUCGCUCAAGCCCAAGCAGGGCAAAGCCUCUGAAGACCUCCAGAGGGAGAAUGCCAUGCUGCGUUCAGAGAUAAAAGAUGUGCGCGAAGAACUCCAGAAACGACUGGAGGACCUUGAAGCCCAACGACGGGCUGAGGCAGAAGCCAGGACCCGGCUCAAACAGCUCAGCCGCAAACAUGCCAGUCAGGCUGUGGAGAAGGAGGAACAAGACAAGGAAUGGAGAGCAGAGCUGGAGAAACGAGAAGAGAGAAAGAGAGAGGAAGAGGAGAGGAACCAAAUAAUGAACACAGACAUAGAUGUAAAGAAGGAGCUGAGCACAAAACUGGCAGAACUUGAAGCUGAAUUGGAAGAAUUAAAGCGCAACAGAAAAGAAGACUCACUGGAAGAGGAGAAACUGUCAGUUGCCAACAGUCCACUGACAUACCUGACUCUCCAUGAUGAUGAGCUCAACUCCAACAUUGUUCACUGUGGCAACAAACUCCUCCAUUCUCCAGAGCAGCACCUCCUCUUCUGCCAGUCCACCAACCAACUCAACAUGCUUGUUUCUCAGGCGACAGAAAAUCUCAUUCAAGAAGGUCAAACAGUGAUAGAUCCUGAACGUUCACCUCUGCUAGAUGAGGGGCGAACAGGUCAAGUGGCCUCUGACCUGGAAGACACCAGACAAAACUAUAUGGGAGGGUCUUCUCUGUCAGACCAGCAAGAAGCUCUUUCUGACCUCCAGAAAUGUGAGUCUGCCCCCUCAGGUUGGGCAAAAGAGGUGGAGCGUCUGCAGAAGGAGAAAGAAAAGGAGACAGAACGUGCUAAGCAGUACCAGGUUAAACUAGAGGCCCUGCAGAGCCAGGUGACACGUCAGACCCAGCAGCUAACCAUGGCCUUUGAGAAGCAGAGUCAGCACAUCUCAGGCCUUCUAGCUGAGCUACAGGAGAAGGAGAGUGCCCUCCUCAGCCAGGGAGAGGAACUGCAGCGAUGCAAACAAGAGCUGGAUGCAUUCAAGGCUGAAAAAGAGGUCAAAGAGGUCAAAGAGAGAGAUGAGAAGUUGGCGGACACCAUAGAGCUCCAACCGAAGGCGGAAAAGGACUGCGAUGUCACCUUUCACACUACAACCUCACUGGCGGUCGGUGACUCUACUGCACAGAGAGAUGCAGAUCAACCAAAGACUGUGACAUUUGAUGCUGAAACACCAACACCUGUUGGCAGUGAAGAAGACAGUGAAGCACUAUUGUUAGGGGAACAGCGUCCAGGCUCUGUAGACUCAAACAAGACUGACAGUAACCAUGACUCCGCUUGUGUAUUGGAAGACACUGAGUGCGUUCAAGAUGGAGCAACAGAAGACGUGGUUGCAGAACUGCUCGCUCUGCAACAGGAGAAUCGGCUGCUGAAACAAAAAAUAGUAGGCUUCACCGUCUCAGACACCAGCAGCCUGGCAUUACAGACUGUAAGUGAAAACCAAGAAGAUCCAUUCAAGCAAAGCCAAAACGCAGGAAAUGCUGUUGUGUUCUGCUUGACGGAGCAGAGGCCACCUAGUGAGCAGAAUGACAUCACCGCUGAGGGCCAGGAGUCGCUACUGCAGAAUGAGAGGAGGAGGAGGGAAGAUGAAGGAGGAGAUUUAAAAAGGGAAGCUAAAAAGACAACAAGGGGUGAAGAAGAGCUGGAUGAAGUAUCUCAGCUUCAUGUCAACCACCUAGAGGAACAGGUGGUGGCACUGCAGAAGAAGGUUCGGGCUCUCUCUGAGAAGACCCAGCAGCAAGCUGAGGAGCUUGUACUGUGGAGACUGGCCUCCCAAACAACUCCAACAUUUGACCCGUUGCUUCCCAACAAAGAUAACCAGGACAGGAGCUCUGCUGUCAGACAAUCCCACUCAAACCAGGAGCAGACUGAUGAGAUGACCCACAGCCAGGGUCUGACUCUGACUGGCCAGGCUCAGUCGCCCACACAGGGUAUUCAGGAGAGCACUGGUAAUGUAACAGUCAUCAGAGAAGAUGAGGUACUCCUCUCCUCCUCUUCCAACAAGCUGCAGGGCCGCAUGUUAUUCUCCAGACUGCAGCACAGCAACCUUCCUGAACCAAAGAGUUUCCACUCCUCUAAAAAGACUGCAGCACUUCAGGAAUACAAUCAGGACACUGCCAAGAUCGACAAGGAAUCUGAAAAAGAAAACCAGGAGAUCAUCGUAUUACAAUGGUCAGACACCUGUCCAACACAUCACAAAGACAAGAGAGACAAUGAACUCAUCCAAAUGUCAUCAGAGAAAACGGGUCAACAACACGUUACCAAAGAUCUCCAUAAAGUCUCAGGGCUAAAUAAGACCAAAACAACAGAGUGUCACCCAGGGAAUCCUGAAGCCAAACCCAACGCUUCCAGAGCAACUAAUGAAAUAAACACCAAUGAUUCUUCAGACAGCGCUGUUAGGACAGAAAUGAAAAGUGUCUGCAGUCAAACAGAGGAGAUAUUUUAUUCUCGCAGUGCUCCAACGGCAUCCGAACUCCACUGCGCUUACACACAGACGGAGGAAGAAGUGGAUGAAGAAGAUAUAGUGGACUCCCCUCCUGUCUCCCCUGUCCCACUAUUGGAAGGAGCAGAGUCAGCAGACAAAAUCUUGUUUUCAGGUUCCUUCCCUAUCCCUGCUGACCCAGCCCGUCUGGCUGAAAGAAUCCGCCGUAACAGGACGCAGCUGUCAGCCGCCUUUGACGACACAGAGUAUGAACCUUAUGGACUGCCGGAAGUUGUCAUGAAAGGUUUUGCCGACAUCCCAAGUGGUGCCUCAUGUCCUUACAUUGUGAGAAGAGGUUUGUUAGGGACAACUGUCGUACCUGCUCCUCAGAAAGACCUGAGACAGGAGGAGGAGACGGAUUAAAACGCAGCUACAGGUCUGGUGGGACUGAACUGAACAGAACUGAUCACUGCGGCAGCUCCACAGGGACACUCCAGUCACCAGCAACCUGAAGCAGUUCAGACCUUCAAACCAACACAGGAUCAGUUAAAAAAGUGCUGUAGUCACCCACGGACCUCUAUACACAUGUGUUCAGGUAAAGGGUCCUGCGCUGGCAGAAUAAACACCUCCACUGUGGAUCUAAAAUGUCUUAAUGGUCACUAGUUUAUUCUCUAAUUGCUGUGUGGAGACUUUGCUAUCCAUCAUGAUUCAGUGACUUUACACCCACCUGAAUAUUUAGGUGCAGAGGUGGUGAUUUAGUGAUGUUUCUUGAUGUUUCUUGAAGUUAACGACCACUUUUCCAAAGGGACUGUUUAGUUUUUAGUAACUUAUGGGUCUAGCCUCAGCCUUCUUUGAAUGAAACAGUGCCUACUUGACCUUUUUCUAAAUAAGCACUUGUCUAGAUAAGUUUGACUUGUUGUCAAAAGGGGUGACGCCAAGACAGGCCUGUUGUGAAAAUGUGAUGUAUAAUUUUUUCAUUUUAAUUCUUGAGGUGGCUUAUUUAUGGACACUUGAAUGUGUGUUAUUAGAGGACAACUGUUUACAAAAAAUGUGUGAAACCAUAGUGGACGAGCGUGUGAGACUUUAGCUGUGAAUAUGAACAUGUGUGUUCUCAUCUUGAUGUUACUGUUUGUAUACCCGUGUGUGCGUGUGUGUGUGUGUGUGUGUGUGUGGGGGAGAGAGAGAGAGAGAGAGGGCCGAGCACGUCUAUGACUCAGUCCAACUUCCAUUGGUUUCCGCUCCAUGUAUGGUGAUACACACUGCGCUCCCUCUCUCAUCCUUUUGCUGCUUUGCUUCUCUGUCUUACACUAACGAGUGCUCAUUAGUCAUUAGCUCUGUGAUGAACUUACCACGAACUAAACAUGCAUUUACUUUAUUUUUAUUAGCAGAGCAUGAGAUGAAUUCUGUUGGUUUCUUAUAUUUAAUCAGAUAUAAUUUAUUUGAUUGAUUGACCAUUUUUGGUAGAUUUUGUUUCUUGCACAUUUGUUACUGUGCCAUAGACAACAGUAGGCCACAUGUAUGUACACUGUAGAUUUUGUAGAUGAGUUUGGAGUUCAUGUACAGUUUGUAUUAUGCCCUAUAUCAGAGGAUAAUGACCACUCUGCUUGCCUUUAACGUUUGACUGGAUAGUGGGUUAGUGAAAGGAUAGGUCCACAUUGUUCCAAGUUCUAGUCAAUAGUUCUAGUUCUACCAUACUCACAUGCCCAUAGGUAUGUUGAAAGGGCUACUGGUUGUUGAAAUUGCCUCUCCAGUCUCCUGGCUGCAAAGAGAUCACUUUCUAAAGUUGUUUUGGUGUAAGAGAGAGGGGACAAAAUCCAGUCUUCGUUCUGUAUAGAAAACACACUCUAAACUUUAGUCGCUCAUUUGAAACUUCAACAGUCUGACUUCAGUCCUGGUCACAUCAGAAAGUGGUACAGUGACUGAUCUGCAUGUCUGCAAGAUAUUUGGUCUGGAAGUUUGGUGACGUAAUGACUAUACUGGCCAGUAUAUUAGUCACAACAGCUCCUGGAUUUUCUCUAUUUUCCCUACUGUUCUGUUUAUUUGACAUUUUCUUCACCCUUGUACACCAUUUUGUCCAAUAAAAUAGUUACUGAAGAGGGAAAAUGAAGCUCUAUGAGCUUAGCUCGGUUGGUGAUGGGACAGUAAAUUUUCAGUUUAUUCAUAAGACAUAUUUGUACCAUUCAGUGGCUUGCUCCCCCUUUUUAAUGAUGUUGAAAUUGCUUCAGGAAAUGUUGUCUUGCAGCCCGUAUGGACAGGAGGAACAAUUAAAACAACCAUUUUUUCUUUUAAUAUACGUAAUAGCACGUGUGCAUUGUUUUAAGGAUUACUUACAAAAAUGUAAACCUAUCCAUUAAAACCUUGUUGUGCUGUCUUUAAGUGAUAUUUGAGAUUAUUUAAUAUGAAGGUUUGUAGACACGUAUGUGUUAAAAGU